AUGAAUGCCCACCCCAAGGAGAUGGUGCCCCUCAUGGGCAGAAGAGCUGCUGUCCCCAGUGGGAACCCUGCCGUCCUGCAGGAGAAGAGGCCAGCAGAGAUCACCCCCACCAAGAAGAGUGCACACUUCUUCCUGGAGAUAGAAGGGUUCGAUCCCAACCCCACUGUCUCCAAGACUUCUCCCCCGGUCUUCUCCAAGCCUAUGGACUCCAACAUCCGGCAGUGCCUCUCUGGGAACUGUGAUGACAUGGACUCACCACAGUCUCCUCAGGACGAUGUGACAGAGACCCCGUCCAAUCCCAACAGCCCCAGUGCAAACCUGGCCAAGGAAGAGCAGAGGCGGAGGAAGAAGCGGCUGAAGCAGCGCAUCUUUGCAGCCGUGUCAGAGGGCUGCGUGGAGGAGCUGCUGGAACUGCUGGGGGAGCUGCAGGAACUUUGCAAACGGCGUCGUGGCCUGGACGUGGCUGACUUCCUCAUGCACAAGCUGACGGCCUCUGACACGGGGAAGACCUGCCUGAUGAAGGCCUUGUUAAACAUCAACCCCAACACCAAGGAGAUUGUGCGGAUCCUGCUGGCUUUCGCGGAGGAGAAUGACAUCCUGGACAGGUUCAUCAACGCUGCAUACACAGAGGAGGCCUACGAAGGGCAGACGGCGCUGAACAUCGCCAUCGAGCGGCGGCAGGGAGACAUCACCGCGCUGCUCAUCGCCGCGGGCGCCGACGUCAACGCCCACGCCAGGGGGGUCUUCUUCAACCCCAAGUACCUACACGAGGGCUUCUACUUUGGCGAGACCCCACUGGCUCUGGCGGCGUGUACCAACCAGCCCGAGAUUGUGCAGCUGCUGAUGGAGAAUGGGCAGACGGACAUCACCUCACAGGACUCACGGGGAAACAACAUCCUACACGCGUUGGUGACAGUGGCUGAGGACUUCAAGACACAGAACGACUUUGUGAAGCGCAUGUACGACAUGAUCCUGCUGAGGAGCGGGACGUGGGAGCUGGAGACCAUGCACAACAAGGACGGGCUCACGCCACUGCAGCUGGCUGCCAAGAUGGGCAAGGCCGAGAUCUUGAAGUAUAUCCUCAGUCGUGAGAUCAAGGAAAAGCCACUCCGGAGUCUGUCCAGGAAAUUCACGGACUGGGCAUAUGGGCCGGUGUCAUCCUCACUUUACGACCUCACCAACGUGGACACUACGACAGACAACUCGGUGCUGGAAAUCAUCGUCUACAACACCAACCUUGAUAACCGGCAUGAGAUGCUGACUCUGGAGCCCUUGCACACGCUGCUGCAUAUGAAGUGGAAGAAGUUUGCCAAGUACAUGUUCUUCUUGUCAUUCUGCUUUUAUUUCUUCUACAACAUCACCCUAACUCUAGUCUCCUAUUACCGCCCCCGGGAAGAGGAGGCCCUCCCGCACCCCUUGGCCCUGACGCACAAGAUGGGGUGGCUGCAGCUGUUAGGAAGGAUGUUCGUGCUCAUCUGGGCCAUGUGCAUUUCUGUGAAAGAGGGCAUCGCGAUCUUCCUGCUGAGACCCUCAGAUCUGCAGUCCAUUCUCUCUGAUGCCUGGUUUCACUUUGUCUUUUUUGUCCAAGCUGUGCUUGUGAUACUGUCUGUCUUCUUGUACUUGUUUGCCUACAAAGAGUACCUCGCCUGCCUCGUGCUGGCCAUGGCCUUGGGCUGGGCAAACAUGCUCUACUACACGCGGGGAUUCCAGUCCAUGGGCAUGUACAGCGUCAUGAUCCAGAAGGUCAUUUUGCAUGAUGUUCUGAAGUUCUUGUUUGUAUAUAUCGUGUUCUUACUUGGAUUUGGAGUAGCCCUGGCCUCGCUGAUUGAGAAGUGUCCCAGUGACAAUAAGGACUGCAGCUCCUACGGCAGCUUCAGUGAUGCCGUUCUGGAACUCUUCAAGCUCACCAUUGGUCUGGGUGACCUGAACAUACAGCAGAACUCCAAGUACCCCAUCCUCUUUCUGUUCCUGCUUAUCACUUACGUCAUCCUCACCUUCGUCCUCCUCCUCAACAUGCUCAUCGCCCUGAUGGGAGAAACCGUGGAGAAUGUCUCCAAGGAGAGUGAGCGCAUCUGGCGUCUACAGAGAGCCAGGACGAUUUUGGAGUUUGAGAAGAUGUUACCAGAGUGGCUGAGGAGCAGAUUCCGGAUGGGAGAGCUAUGUAAAGUAGCAGAGGAAGAUUUCCGGCUGUGUUUGCGGAUCAAUGAGGUGAAGUGGACUGAAUGGAAAACACAUGUCUCCUUCCUCAACGAAGACCCGGGGCCCGUGAGACGGACAGAUUUUGGCAAAAUCCAAGAUUCUUCCAGAAGCAACAGCAAAACCACCCUCAACGCAUUUGAUGAAAUAGAUGAGUUUCCAGAAACUUCGGUGUAGAAGCAAAAUCCAGAGCUGCUAUGAGCCUGGGCUGUCUGACGCUGCAGUCUGGGUCCUGGACUCCGAGCUAAGGGCCUACAGCAGAACGUGGCCUUGCACUGCAUGCCCAGAAGUGGAAAGCAACCUCAUGCCAAGUGGUGGCUGAGCUAAGAGGCAGCUGUCAGUCUGUUUGAAUGGGAAACACCCUGGAUUAUUUAUUUAUUUAUUUAUUUACUCAGCAAAGGGUUUGUGUAAACCCAUGGCUAGGAGUCCUUGAAGUCCAGGGCGAAGGCCUGAGCUCACCAACUGCAGGACAGCUUGGCUGGGAGAAAGGGAUGGCGGGGAAGGGGCAGAGGCCUGAGGAGCAGAACUUCCUUCCUGCCAACAUCUCCUCGACAGCCCCCAGCCCCAGCCCUCACUUCCCACUGUCUCCCUUACUGGGACUGGGUCUCCUGAAUUUAAGCCAUUCUUGAUCCCAUCCCAUCCCAGAACAAACAGGACUGAACUAAGUCAGACGUCCUGAGGGUCGAAGGGACUGAGCUCUGGAAAUGCCCUUCCAGACCCUUCCAAGAACAGGAAACUACCCUUGGAAUGAGUGCCUUGGUACCCCAAGGCUCGAACUGUCUCAAACUAAGAGACAUUUUUAGUAGAGUAAUUAACACAGGGUUUUUAUUUUCAAUAGAGAAAAAACAUUUCAGUUUUGAAUGAAAGUUACUUCAGAUGAAGUAUGUGAUUUUAAAAGCUGAGAAACAGAUUGGGGGAUUUGGGGCCGGAUAUAAGUAUUAUAUACUUGGCCUCAGCGUGGCCAGAGCAGGGACAAAAAGCUUUUCUUUACGGACGCAAAAGUCCACAUGAGACGUGCCAGGCAGGGCCCGUGUGGGCUGCUGUGACCUGGGUGGAAGAGCUUGGCUCUUGUCCUCGCUCUGGCCCUGCGGUCAUGCAUGCCUCCCAGCUGGGAGCGGGGCUUCUUCUGAUAUAGAAAUAGCAGCUGCUCUGUUUCCAUGGUCUUAAAUCUCAGAGGUUACUAUUAUAUAUCAGUACUUCUUAUGGGAGGAAUUUAACCAAAUACCCAGAAUGCUCUGGUAUUAAGUGUUUUUGUUAACUGUGAAUUUUGAGGCUGAAGAGAGGGAGUGUGAGAAAGGAGUGUUUGCCGAAACAUAGGGCUUCUUUUCAGAGCCUCAUCCUCUGAUUUUUCUCCCCCUGAAAUUACGCAGAGUCAGUCUGAGGCAGAGGUGAAGUGGGAAUGGGAGACUUCUUCCGGAUUACUGGGACUUGAACAACUAUAAAAUCUGCUCUGCCUUGGGAAUCCGGUCAGAAUUCAUGUGAGAGUUUUUAGAGGCGGGAUUAUCAAGGUAUUGACCACGAGUUUGAAUUUUAAAGGGCGUAAAAAUAAAUUUGGCCUUUUAGACAACUUGGCAAUUGGCUAGUGAAACCGGCAAACUGAGGAGUGUGAGCCAAGCACUCCGGGCCGCUCUGGGCCCUUCUCUCCACUCUGGGCUGCUCUGUGUGCCAGCUUCCCUGGGUGAGUGGACACUUGGCCUUUGUGUCCCUGAUGAGCCGGGGAUGAGAGAGGUGGGGUGGGUCUAGGAUGAGCCUGAGGCCUGCACACUUCGCUGCAGCCCCCGUACUCCCAGCUGAAGCUGACCAGGGCUCUAAGCCGUGGUGCUCAGAUCAAGCUCUGGUGUGAGCAGGGG